UUCGCUCUGUCCUCCUCCGCCCCUUCCAGCUGCUCGUGCUGGAUGGAGUGUUUUGGUGGGUUUCCUUCUGUGUUUUGGCGGCGCGCCUCCCUGCAAGGAAGGAGGGAAGGAGGAGGGAAGGGAAAGAGGCGGGGAAGCAGCAGGGGGAGCGCUCCGGCGGGCUUUGUCACAUCUGCUGCUGCUGCUGCUGGGGCUGCUGCUCACUGCAGGAGCCCUUCUUCACCAUGCACACCGAGGAGAUGGGGGACAGCCCCGCGGUUGACAUUGUAGACAUCUACGAAUCCAUACGUGAACGACAGCGUCACGACAGCGAAAGGUCUACUUGUAGUACCUUGGAGCAGAAUGACAUAGAAGCUGUUGAGGCGCUUGUUUGCAUGAGUUCCUGGGGUCAAAGGUCACAGAAAAAUGAUCUGCUCAAGAUACGACCUCUUACACCUGUCUCAGACUCAGGUGAUUUUGCAAUGCACACCGAACCCACGUCUGAUUUGCCCAAGGAUUACAACUUCCUAUCUACGCUGUGCAUGACACCGCCCUACAGUCCAGAUUUUGUCGAGCCCUCCACAACCACAUCGCUUUCAUCACUAGCCACAUAUUCAAAGUCCAGGGCAAUGAAGGCAAACGUCUCUGCCAGUCAAGCCACUCCUCCAGCCCAGUCAUCUGCACCAAACACAGAGAGACCGCCCAGUCAGAAGGCAGCCAGAGCUGAGCAACCUGUUCCUCCGCUUUGUAGAGCCAUGGCAACGAGUGUGAUCCGUCACACAGCCGACAGUUCUAGUUACUCCCGCAUUCCUGUUGUGCAAGUGAAAGCAGAAACGGUAUCUGGCCCCAGCACUUCGACAGACCACCGCCAGGAAGAAGUGAUGCCGGAGGAGCCACAUUCCAGUGUUUCACGGGACUGCCGGACUGCGGACAGCUUAGUCCGUGAUUCUUCCCCAGUACAUGAGACCUGCUUGUACAACUUAGCUGAAAAAAGUCAUGAGCUGCAAAGGUUGACACCUGAGCAGGUGCCUUUCCCAAAAAAUGGCGACAACGAUAUGCUGCAAAAAUCCCCUCCGCUUUUACCCACGCCCAUUUCAAGCCCGCCAGUGAUCUGCCAAAUGAUCCCCUUGGAAGGGCAGAGAGGUAUGGUCCCCACCUUCCUGAAGCCGCCUUCUCCAACUGCAGCCAGUGUCAAGCCCAUCUUGCCCCACACGGCCCCAGUUCCCCAGCCAGUUCUGGUGGGGCCUUCCAUGCCCCAAGGGACUGUCAUGUUGGUUCUUCCGCAGGCAACCGUCGCCCAGGCACCGUCCUGCCAACAAGCGGUGAUGUCGGUUGGGAAUACGAAGCUUUUACCUCUAGCCCCUGCUCCUGUUUUCAUCGCCUCCAGUCAAAACAGCACACCCUUAAUGGACUUUUCCCGGAGGAGGAAUUAUGUUUGCAAUUUUCCGGGCUGCAGGAAAACAUACUUCAAAAGCUCCCACCUGAAAGCUCACCUACGUACACAUACUGGAGAAAAGCCUUUCACCUGCAGCUGGGAAGGCUGUGAUAAAAAGUUUGCCCGCUCCGAUGAACUUUCUCGCCACCGCCGAACUCACACGGGGGAGAAGAAGUUUGCGUGUCCAGUCUGUGACCGCCGUUUCAUGCGUAGCGAUCACCUCACGAAGCAUGCACGGCGGCACAUGACUACGAAGAAGGUGCCCAGCUGGCAGGCCGAAGUGGGCAAAUUGAACAGAAUUGCCACAAUAGAGAAGCCUAGAAGCGAGAAUGCUUUGGGCAUGCUUCUACCUAUGCUCUCUUCUGGCUAAAAGGGCAACUUGGUGAAAACGAACAUUUUGAGAAAAGUUUGGGUGGUUCCAAAAAACAUACAGCUUGGACUAAUUUUCCCUUCUUUAAAAAAAAAAUUCCACAAGUUAUGCUUUUAUAUUGGGGAGGGGGAAACAUGUAAAAGUGUUCUGUCUUACGCCUUUUCUCCCUACUUCCCAUUUAUUUUAAACCUUAUUUAACCAUUUGGUUUUAUUCCGUCGUAGACCCCUUGCCCCAGUACUCUGAGGCAUUCACCAGCACUUUAGAAAAACCAAUAUUGGAGUCCCAGGGCAGUGAGGUUGGGUGUUGACACCGGGUUCUUUUCUUAAACCAUAUCUUCUCUUGACUAACAGUAACUGAUAGGAAGUGAAACAGCGUGACCUCCUAUUUUCCCUCUGAAUUUUAUUAAGACUUUUUCUGCAGAUCUUGUAUUUGUUCAGCUGUUUUCUUUUGAGAGAAAUAGUAUGCAAGUUUUCUUUUGAGAGGAAUAGUAUGCAAAAAAUCAGAGUAGCCCUUUGGAAACUGUUGUGGUUGAAAACUAUCCAAAGUGUUUUAUAGUGCAGUAACCAGAGCUUGGGAGAAUUACUCUCUGGACUACAAUUCCCAGAUUUUUCUACAAUUCCCAGGAACUCUGGGAGUUGUGAUCCAAGAUGUCAUAUUUCCAAACUCUUAAUAAUAUUGUGGUUUGAUACUUUGUUGAGCAACUGAAUCCACUAUCUCUCGAAUCCUUACAGGCCAGGUGUUAUUUCCUUUGUUUUGAAGUAAAUGCCUUGAAUUUGCGUGAAUAAUGCAGGUAGUCCAGGACUUCAAUCAGCAUUGUUGAAAACUAUUGCCCAUGUAGUAACUCCUCGAGGCCAACUACAGCCUGAAAAUACAUUCCCUAAGCACCA